AUGGGAUAUGUUAGCAUGAACAGUGUGAACCUCAUCAAGCCAUACGAUGGUUUUGAGCUCAAUGAUGAUGGAAUGAAGUACAAGAAGAUGGGUGAAGACAUUCUUAGGUCGAAGAGUCUUGGAGUGGUAAUCCUGAGUGGAGGGCAAGGCACUCGACUUGGAAUCACACAACCAAAGGGGCUAUUCACAAUCAAAGGCAAGACUCUAUUUGAAUGGCACAUGGAAAGGAUUCAGGAGCUGGUCAAGAGCUACUGUGCAAAGAUAUCUGUGUUUGUGAUGACGUCUUCAUUCACGGACAAAGAGGUCAAGGAAUACUUUCAGAAGCGGGACUUUGGUCUGUCAAUCCAAUUCUUCAUGCAGAGUAACUCUGUAAGUGUGGAUGUGAAUGGAAAGCCUCUUCAAUGCUUUGGAAAGGAUAUUGAGUCUCCAUAUGGGAAUGGAGAUAUAUUCAAAGCCAUUCAGCAGGUUAGUCUUGAGGGAAUUGAUGCAUUGAAUGUGAUAUCUAUAGACAAUGUGCUUGCGAAGAUUCUAGAUCCGGUGUUUGUUGGUGCAUUUUACUCGAGGGAGUAUGAUGUUCUGAGUAAGUCUGUGACCAAAGGUGAGAAUGAGAGUGUGGGUGCAUUUUUGAUGAGUAACAGUAAGCUCGUGAUUCGGGAAUACAGUGAAAGCGUAGGUGAUUCGAGUGGUGAAUGUGGAAUCCAAGGAAACAUCUGCAACCAUAUUUUCAAGACGUCAUUUGUCAAGAGCAUGAGGAGUGUGGACCUUAAGGAGCAUAAAGCAUUCAAAGCGAUUCCAUACAGUGUUGGUAACGAACUGAUCAAACCUUCAAGUCCAAAUGGAUACAAGAAGGAGACAUUCAUUUUUGACUGCUUUGAAUAUACAGACAAGAACGGAGUAAUGAAUGUUCCCAGAGAAAAGGAGUUCUCACCAUUGAAGAAUGGGCAAGGAUCCGUCUCUGACAACCCAAUGACAUGCACAUUUGCAGUUGAGAAGCAUAGAUCUGAGGCCUCCUCAUAA